GAGUCCUUCCCGCGGCGUGCGGGCUGGCCGCCCUUGAGGGCGGGCUUGCGCUCCGGUGCCGCCGCUGAGAGGAGACAGGCAAGCAGGCAGGCAGGGAGCAGGGGAGCGCCCCGCCGGGCCGCGGCGUCUCGCCGGGGAAGUUUGGUGCGGGGCGGGAUCCCGCCGCCCUCCCCCGGGCUUCCCGCCGGCUGCGGAGGUGGCGCCGGGCAUGAACGGCUUCGCCCCCGAGGAGGUGACCCAGCGCGGGGCGGACCCCGCCGCCGCCGCCACCGCCGCGGUGGUGGGCAGUGCGGGCUCCGCCGUGGAGGUGCCGCCGCCGCCGCCAGCGCCGCCGGGGCUGGGUCCGGCCGCCGCCGCGGGCUCGGCGGGCGCCGGGGGUGCGGGCGGCCCCGGGGCCGGGCAGCUGUGCUGCCUGCGGGAGGAGGGGGAGCGGUGCGGCCGCGCCGCCGGCAACGCCAGCUUCAGCAAGCGGAUCCAGAAGAGCAUCUCGCAGAAGAAGGUGAAGAUCGAGCUGGACAAGAGCGCAAGACAUCUGUAUAUUUGUGACUUCCACAAAAACUUAAUUCAGAGUGUGAGAAAUAGAAGAAAGAGGAAAGGCAGCGAUGAUGAUGGUGACUCACCAGUGCAAGACAUCGACACUCCAGAGGUUGAUUUAUAUCAGUUACAAGUAAACACACUUCGAAGGUACAAAAGACACUUCAAGCUACAGACCAGACCGGGACUUAACAAAGCACAGCUCGUUGAAAUAAUUGGCUGCCAUUUUAGGACAAUUCCAGUGAAUGAAAAGGACACCUUAACAUAUUUCAUCUACUCGGUGAAGAAUGACAAGAACAAACCAGAUCUAAAGAUGGAUAGUGGGGUUCAUUAGAUGGAAAAGGUUGGGACUGAGACUCAGGCUGCAAAUCAAAAGACUGAGGGUUUUUGUUGAUACGCAAAAGCUUUCUUUGUAACUUUUUUCCCCAGAGAGUUUGUCUCUGUUUUAUUUUUCAUAACCUUGCUGAUUUGUUUGAAAACCAUCUCUUAUGAAGCAAAUUUCCUCAGCAAAAGUAUUUUAAAUAAAUAUCACUGAUAUUGUUGCUCAA